AUGUUGAACAUUCAGGAUCAGCAUGUUUUAGAUCUAUCAGGCGAUACUUUGCCAUUUGAAGAUGUCACUCUCUCCGAUCGAAUGGCAAAGGAAACCUUGAAGGCUCUGGAAACUGGUCAAACGGCGGCGAAGUCGGCAUCAAAUAAGAAACGCCGCAAGAAAAACAAGAAAAAACGAAAAUUGCAGAAGGCCGCCAAGCGGCGCAGGCAGCGUCAAGACGAAUCGUCAGCUUUGGGUUUCGGCUGCAACUCAUGGACUGGUACUGGUUGUCGUGGUGAGGAAGCGUGCUUACGUGCCCAGAUCAUGCACAAGACCUUGACACUUCUGCGUAACCUUUUCCCUCCAAGCCCAGUUUACAAUCGAUUUUAUUGA